GAAGAUGGAGACCAUUCAUUCUGCAGGAGCUGGAGUUGCUGGUUACUGAGUACAUCAGGGCCAUCUGUGGAAGCUACAGGAGAAGUGCUGAAUCCAGUGGGGAUAUUGAUAUCUUGCUGACUCACCCAAACUACACCUCUAUGGAUGAGAAACAGCCCAAACUUCUCCAUGCCGUGGUUGAACGUUUUGAGUCCAUUGGGUUCAUUACAGACACACUGUCCAAAGGAGACACCAAAUGCAUGGGAGUCUGCCAGCUGCAGCAAAAUGAUGAUGAUGGGGAGGAAUAUCUUCACAGGCGUAUUGAUAUCAGGUUAAUUCCUAAGGACCAGUAUUACUGUGGUGUGCUGUAUUUCACUGUUAGUGACAUCUUCAAUAAGAACAUGAGAACUCACGCUCUGGAGAAAGGCUUCACCCUCAACGAGUACACCAUCCGGCCAGUGGGGGUUACUGGUAUGGCCAGAGAGCCUCUGGUGGUGGACAGUGAGAAGGACAUAUUUUACUACAUCCAGUGGAAAUACAGAGAGCACAAAGAGCACAGCGAGUGAAAGGAGGGGCUAAAAAUACACUUUUUAUCCCCACAUGAUUUACCUUCAAAGGCUGAAAAUAGUGUGUGUGUUUUAGGGCUUCUAUAUAUUUUGGUGUUUGUUUUCCCAGGAGGGAAAAAUAGGACAAAACCUUUAGGUUUCUCCCACAGUCCCACUGACUUUUUAUUACCAGGAAAUAUAUAUUGAAGUGAACUCUAUCAGUGUUCAUGAAAUCACUGGUAAAUGCAAUGAUUCUUUGAGAAGGAAAUAUGCUUUAGAUUGUCAACACAUUUAGAGCUUCAAACACACUUUACCUCAUUAUAUGCAUGAUCUGGUUUUUGACUGCCAGUGAUUUCUACAGUCUCUGACAAUGCCAAGAGUAAGACCAGAAUAUUUGUUUUACAGUGCUGUCACUCAGCAUAAACAUGCAAAUAUAUUUGUAUUGAUGGUGCUAAAUUAAUAACGUAUCAUGUGUAUCAAACAGCAACACAGUGUGUCAGUCUGUUUCUGCUUGUCGCUGUCUUGUUUGGCUAGCUAGGCAACAAUGUUGCCUUGACUUCAGAAACACACUGGCUAAAGCAUAGGGCUACUGACAGAUCUUUUUGGUAUGCCUGACUAGUCACUCCUGCAGCAUCUGUGUACAUUGCUGUUUCCCUCACUCACUGUCCAGUUUUAUAUGUAUGAUCUGUGGAAGACAUUUAUCAUGCUUUUGAGAUGAAGUUAAGAUUUCCAUAUGAGGCAUUUCUAAAUAGACUUUUAUUAAGUGUUUCUCAUUCUGCUGGAGUUGACCUAGUAUUUUAUAUCAAACCUGUUUCUCCAUUUGUAACUCACCCAUCAAAAAUCACAAUAUGCCUUUUUAAAUGAUUUGUUCUGGUCUAAUUCCUCAAAUGGAAAAGCAGAAAAAUCUGUGCACUCCUGGAUAGAAAUUUGUAUGGUGCUCUUCGA